AUGCAGAUGUCGUCUUGGGAUCGUGUCGAAACAAUCUGUGAAUUAAUUUCCUUUCUGAAUGUCUACGAACUUCGCCUGUUAGGUGCAUGCGUUGAGGGCGCCGCACGUCCUGCGUCAUCGACGCCAACGAUGCGACAGCAUGAAACUCGUUCAAAUUGCCCUCAAUUCAUCAACACAAUGGCCGCAGAGAUGGGUAAAAUACCCUACGCUCUCAAGGUAGAAGCAGCUUAUAACGUUGUUUGCUUGCUGAACUCGACUAAUCGCCAAGCUGCGUAUGCACUAGUUCGUUUAAUCGAUCAUCUGAUGGAAAUUCGAGAUAUGGAGCUGGAGGUGCUCUCCACGAAUGAAGCACGCCGAGAAGUGUUGAUUAACCUCGGCAAACUUGUGUCAGCUUCAAUACAUCAUCCUGCCUUCUCUGUUGACCAGCGGAUUCGCUUGGUACAUGUCAGAGAUGAAAUAAGGAAUAAAUUAGAACAAAUCACAGAGAGGGUGCAUCAACCCACAUCACGUUCUUCGGUAUCCGAUUCAAAAUCAAGAUUGACUAGCUGUAGCACAUCGCCUCUAGCAGGAGGUUUCGCCUUCGUGCGCCGGUUUCGCGCUACUCAACCAGAUCUCAACGAUAUUGAUAACUUUCUUGUAGAGGUAGAGUGCACAGUUGUUACUUUCUCAUAUUUCUAUUCGUAA